AAAAAAAAAAAAGAAAGCGGCAAUCAAUGCACAGACUCAGUCAUGGUGGAAUAUAUAGUCAAUUACUCAAUUAUGUGAUAUUUAGUUUAGCCCUCUUUGUUAAUGCGAAGGGCCUCUCAUCUAAUGGCUUCGUCUUCUUCUUCAUCGGUUACUCAUAUAAGUGCGUCUCAUCUAAUGGCUUCUUCUUCUUCUUCUUCAUCAAUUACUCCUAGACUAGAGAAUGAGGUAUUCCUUAGUUUCUAUGGUGAGGACACCCGGAAAAAGAUUACCAGCCAUCUAUAUGAAGCCUUAUCUCGGAAAAAACUUAAAACCUUCAUUGAUGAUAAUCUUGUCAGAGCAGAAGAAAUUUCUCCAUCUCUUUUGAAGACAAUUAAACAUUCAAAGAUCUCAGUUAUCAUUUUCUCUAAAGGGUAUGCUUCGUCCAGAUGGUGUCUCAUAGAACUUGAAACGAUAGUUAAAUGUUACAAGAAGUAUAAUCAGAUCGUACUACCGGUCUUCUAUGAGGUAGAUCCAUCUGAUGUCAGGAAUCAAACUGGGGAUGUUAGGGAUGCAUUUGCUAAGCUUGAAGAGCGUUUUAUGGAUGAUUCAGAGAUGUUGCAAAGAUGGAGGACUGCUUUAAGGGAUGCGGCCAACCUAUCUGGUUUUGAUUCAAAGAACUAUAGGAAUGAAGCAUCACUUGUAAUAAGUAUUGUCGAUGAUAUCUUGAAAAGAUUAGACUAUGACUCCUCUGUAUUUUACACUAAGAACCUAGUUGGACUAGAUUCAUCGAUCAAGAAAAUUGAAAAUUUAUUAUGUACAGAGGGUGUACGCAAGGUAGGCAUUUGGGGCAUUGGAGGCAUAGGUAAGACUACUCUUGCGAAAGCUAUAUUUAACAAAAUCUCUAGACAGUUUGAAGAUUCUUACUUCAUUGAAAAUAUUAGAGAAGAAUCAGAGAAAAGUGGGGGACUAAAUGGCAUGCGCCAAAAGCUCAGUCAUGCACUUUUAGGGGAUAUACAUCCCAAUAUUGGAUUCAUCUUCCCGAGAGAAAGGCUUAGCCGCAAGAAAGUUCUCACUGUGUUUGAUGAUGUGAUUGCAGAUUUAAAACAAAUAGAUUUUUUAAUGGAAGUUUCUGACUACUUGGAUUCAGAAAGCCGAAUAAUCAUAACAACAAGGGAUAAACAAGUGCUAGCAAAUUGUGGAGUGCAUCACAUACACGAGAUGAAAGGCUUAUGUUUUGAUGAGGCUUUGCAACUUUUUUCCAUAUAUGCCUUUAAAGAAAACAAUCCAAUAGAACAUUAUAUUGGGUUAGCAUCAAGUGUAGUAGAACAUGCUAAAGGUGUUCCAUUGGCUCUCAAAGUUUUAGGUUCCUAUCUAUUCGAUAGGGCAAAGAAAGAAUGGGAAAGUGCACUAGCAAACUUAAAAACUCAUACUCAUGGAAGUAUUCAAAAGGUGUUAAAAGUAAGUUAUGAUGGAUUACAUGAUAAAGAGAAGGAUGUAUUUUUGGAUAUUGCAUGUUUCUUUAAAGGGUAUAAAAGAGAUCUUCUAGAAGCAAUCUUGAAUGCUAAUAACUUGGACUCUCAUAUUUAUAUAAAUGUUCUCAUUGAAAGAUCUCUCAUAACUACGUCAUUUGACACCAUAACAAUGCAUGAGUUACUUCAAGACAUGAGUAAAGAAAUUGUUCGACAAGAAUCAAAUGAUCCUGACAAACGUAGUCGGUUGUGGGAUCAUGAGGAUAUUUUUUCAAUAUUGAAGGGUAAUACGGGAAGUACAACAAUUCGAAGCAUACGCUUGGAUAUGUCUAAAGUAGUAGAGUUGCAUUUAAAUCCCAAAACUUUCAACAACAUGCGAAACCUAAGAUUCUUGGAAUUUUAUGGGUUCGAGCCUGAAGAGAAGGUGACUAAAUCUAACUCCUCUGUAUUGCGCCUUAACUUAAGAUUCUUGAAAAAUAAUAGCUCCAAUGAUGCAAAGAAGGUGCAUGGUUUUGAGGUCCUUAAAUACGAUUUCAGCUAAGGUACCUUUGUUGGCAUGGAUAUUUUGCCAAAUCAUUCCCACCAAAUUUUAAUCUAAAGAACCUUGUUGCGCUUUUCAUGCCUAAUAGCAAAGUUGAAAAACUGUGGACCGGUAACCAGAAACUUGUUAAUUUGAAAUAUAUUGACCUCAGUAAUGCUAAGCAUCUACGUAGAAUGCCAAAUUUUUCACUUAUCCCAAAUUUGGAGAGCUUGAUUCUGCAAGGUUGUACAAAACUUGAGAGUUUCUCAUCUAUCUAUUAUCUCCAUAAACUUGUUAUCUUGAAUCUACAGGGUUGCAAAGGCUUUGAAAAUCUUCCAAUCAGUGUUCAUUGGAAAUCUCUACGAGAGGUUAAUCUCUCCGAUUGCUCAAAUCUCAAAACAGUUUCAUAUCUUCCUUGUACAGUUGAACAACUAUAUCUAAAUGGAACUGCAAUAGAAGAAUUGCUAUCAAUAGAGCAUCUAUUUAGACUAAAAGUAUUGAGUCUUAGAAAAUGUUCAAGACUUAAGAGGUUACCUGAGAGCAUUCGUGAGUUGAAAUCUCUUAAACAUCUUUAUCUCUCAGGUUGUACCAAACUUGACAGAUUGCCAAAUGACAUGGAAAAUUUAAGAGCUUUGGAGAAACUUGAAAUGGAUGACAUUGCUUUAGCAGAAAUACCAGUGUUUAUAAAAGGUUUGGUCAACCUUAAGGCAUUAUCUUUGGCAAGAUGUAAGGUGCAAAUGCGAUCGAGUAUCUCACUCACUGAUUUACUGGUCCUCCAAAAAAUGGAAAGUCUAAACCUGGUUGAUUGUUGCAUCAAAGUGUUAACCAACAAUAUUGGUCAAUUUCUCUCAUUGGAAUAUUUGUAUCUUAACCAAAACAAUUUUGAGAGCCUACCAGUGAGCAUCAAAGACCUCUCUAAGUUGCGAGGGCUUUAUUUAAACAAUUGCCAAAGACUUAAAUCCUUACCAGAGCUUCCUAUCAAUUUGCUGUAUUUACAAGCAAAUAAUUGCACGUCUCUUGAAUCAAUAUCAAGUCUACUGGCUUCAUUCCUAAGUUUUCGGUAUUAUACAGAGGAAAUUGGCUUCGUCAAUUGUUCCAAACUCCAAUUAGAUCUGACAGACCUUCUUUUGAUUAUUGAGAGAAAAGCAGAUGAGUGGCGUCGCUCAAAGGUAUGCACUAAUCCCAUUCCACAAGCUUGUGUAUGUUACCCUGGAAGCGAAAUUCCAAACUGGUUUGGCUGUAAAAGUAAUGAUACUUUCAUAGAGCUUCCAACAGGUUGGCUGAAUGAUAACUUAAUUGGUUUUGUUUUAUGUGUUGUUGUACCAUCACAAGAAUAUCAACAACUUAGAAUUUCCCGAGUCAGGUUUUCUUUUAUUGUUAAUGGAGAGAUCAGUUUCGUGGGCACGCUUUUUGAAUCAAAAGAGAUGAAGGCAGAGGUUAUUCAAUUAGAUCAUGUAUUCGUGGGUUAUGAUGGUUGUAUAUUCUCCUGGGAAUUGCAGACAUUCAAUUUGAAUAGCCAGGGUGUUAUUGAGUUCUCUGUUGAAACUAUGGAUAACCCUACUGUAUGCUGGGUGAAAAAAUGUGGAGUGACUUUGUUGUAUGCUAAAGAUGAUGAUGAUGAUUUGAGAAGGGAAGGAAGAAUGGACAGAGACAAACGAUUGAAAACUGGACAUUGGUAUGCUGAUAAUUGUUUGGCGUGUUAUCUAGGUUCUUGGCGAGCGCAUCGUAACUUGCUGAGUUAUUUCAGCGAAAAACAUGGGGAUAGAUGGUCUCCUAUUCACGAAGGAUGGGUUUCUAUUCACUAUGGAUGAUGACCGAAAGUUUACUGGAUUUUUAUUACCAACAUGUUGUACUACGGAAACUUGAAGGUUGAAAUCUUCUUAUAGAAAAGGUGAUGGUAGAGUGACUAGACCUACAAAUACUAUACCGAACAAAUCAAAGUUUCACAAAUCAUAACAGAGUGUGCUCUCAGGCUGGCUUUAUCUCAGGCGCGCAAGCUGAUGAUAGGCUGCCAACUCGGUGUGUGGACACAUAUUCCCUUGAUUGUCAUUUUAGUGUUCUCUGGAUUUUCUUGCCAGGAUUUGGAUUAUGUUAGCCAAAUACUAAUUAUUUAUGUUUUAGAUGUUAACUGCUAUUAUACUGAAGCUACUAUUUGGUUUAGUACGCCAUGAAAUGAUAUUGGUUGCUCUUUAAUAC